UUUAAACGAGUUAAUGUGAAAUGGGAAAUAUGGCCUCUGUAUUCAGAUUUUUGUUUUUAAAAUAACAUGGCCUUUUGAUCUUGUGUUCAAAAGCUUAGUAAUCAAAAAUGAUAUUUUUUUUACUAUUAUAAUUUGUUUUUAUUAGGCUUACGUUGACUUCUAUACAAUGGAAAGACUUUUCAUUUUGUAUAUUAAUGCAUUGUUUCAGUUGUUUAUGUUAGUUAAAGGCUCAAGUGUGACGGUUUACCAAGGUGAUAGCUUACCGCAACAUGGACGAUGUGAACCCAUAACAAUACAAUUUUGCCAACAGUUAAGAUAUAAUCAAACAAUUUUUCCGAACUUGCUUAACCACGCCAAACAAGAAGAUGCUGGCCUUGAUGUCCAUCAAUAUACACCGCUUGUUAAAGUUAACUGUUCACCAGAUCUAAAAUUCUUUUUAUGUUCGGUGUAUGCUCCUGUUUGUACUAUUUUGAAUGAGCCAAUACCACCUUGUCGUCAUUUAUGUGAAUCGGCUAGACAUAACUGUGAAGAACUGUUAAACAAUUUUGGCUUGAAGUGGCCAAAGGAUUUGGAUUGUUUAAGGUGGCCAGUCGUAACCGACGAAAAUGUUGUUUGUGUUGGAGAUAAUAAUGUUACUCAUGAAUCAAGGAAGCCUUCUGUGACUAAGCUUCCUAAGGUUGACUACAAGAAUAAUUAUGAAAGGGAUCCCACAAAAUUGCAUGGAGCCAAAAACAUUGGUUUUGUAUGCCCCGUGCAAUUUAAAAUACCGGAAAGUUUAGAUUUAGAAUAUUCUCUGAAAGUUGGGGAAAAAACUGAAUAUAAUUGUGGAGCACCCUGCAAUGGAAUGUUUUUCAGUGAGGAUGAAAAAACAUUCGCCAGAUUGUGGAUUGGUAUUUGGGCUACACUGUGUGCAAUAAGUUGCUUAUUUACUGUUAUGACCUUUUUGAUAGAUACAGACCGAUUUCGCUAUCCAGAAAGGCCAAUAAUUUUCUUAUCUGUUUGCUAUCUAAUGGUUGCUGCUGCAUAUGUAAUGGGCUGGAGUGCUAAAGACAGUGUUUGUUGUCAAGGUCCAUUUCCUUCAACCAUUAGUGGUACAAGAUUACCCAAUAUCUCAGUUAUCACUCAAGGAACUAAACAUGAACCAUGCACAAUUCUAUUCAUGGUAGUGUAUUUCUUUAGUAUGGCUUCGAGUAUCUGGUGGGUAAUAUUAACCCUUACAUGGUUUCUGGCUGCGGGUCUCAAAUGGGGCCACGAAGCUAUUGAAGCAAACUCUCAAUAUUUUCAUUUGGCUGCUUGGGCAGUUCCGGCCAUCAAAACAAUUUCAAUUUUAGCUAUGGGUAAAGUUGAUGGUGAUAUUUUGUCAGGAGUGUGCUACGUGGGACUGUGGGAUGCUGAAGCUCUUCGAGGAUUUGUGUUAGCACCAUUAUGUGCAUAUUUAGUUUUGGGCACUAUAUUUUUGUUUGCUGGCUUUGUUUCACUGUUCCGGAUAAGGACAGUUAUGAAACAUGAUGGAACUAAAACUGAUAAACUAGAAAAGUUAAUGAUACGAAUUGGUAUUUUUGGAGUACUAUAUACAGUUCCAGCUCUUAUAGUAAUAGCUUGUUUAUUUUAUGAACAAGCUCAUUUUGAUAGUUGGAUGGGAACUUGGCAUCGCGAUAUGUGCUCUACUCCACUGUACUCCAUACCAUGUCCAUUUACACAUCAAGAAACUGAAAGGCCUAAAUUUGAAAUGUUUAUGAUCAAAUAUCUUAUGACAAUGAUAGUUGGAAUCACAUCUAGUUUUUGGAUUUGGUCAGGGAAGACAUUAGUGUCUUGGCACCAGUUUUUCGAUAGAAUAAAAGGCAGAAGAACUGAAGCAUAUGUAUGAUAAAUAAUGAUUUUAAAUUAGUUAUAAAGAAAGAUUUAAAACUUUUUAAUUUCAAAUGUGACUACAAUUAUCAUGACAUAACAUUUUAAAAUUUCAGACAAAAAAUAUUUAAAAAGUAUAUUAAUUUACAUAUUGUCAAAGAAUGAAACUGAUCCAAUUUAGCUUCUCUCAAUUUUCUAGUAAUAAAAGAAAUCUCAAGAUUAUCAAUAAGGCUGAUAGUGUAAAUAUAUUCAUGAACUCAUAGUUGUAUAAACGCUUUUUUUUAUUUUUUCGUUUUAUAAAUCUUAGUACAUAAUAAUUAUUAACACCAGUUUUAUAAAUCUACAUCUAUGCAUUUAAACAUAUGUUACAAAAAAAUAUUUAUGAGCGUAUGAAUAUUAUGUAUUUGUAUGUAAAAUUCUAUAUUUCUUACAUAUCUUUUAAUUGUCAAUCAAUUUGGUAAUCAUGUGUUCAAGUUUUGAAGUGGUAUUAUUAUAAAAAUGAUUUUAUUCACAUUAAUUAUACAAAACUGAGGUUGAGUUUUAUAAAAAAACUUUUUUAAAAUAAAGAAAGUUAAAAAGCACAAACUCUGAUAAGUAAUUUUAUGAAACUAAUCAAGCUUAAGCCAUAUUGUGUUAUAACUUUAAUGAUAUAAGUACUUAAAUCUCAAAUUUAAUAAUAAGGCUGAUCAUGUAUAUACACCGAAAUGAACUCUUAGAUUUAUCAAAAUAAUUGUAAGUAGCACUAUGCCUCAUCGAUGUAAGUGUUUAAUAAACAGUAUUUUUUAUAGAUUG